AAAAGGGAAAUGACAAUGGGCACACCCAUACGUCUGGUAAGAGCAGGAGCAGUGAGGGUUAGAAGUGAUUGGGGUUUCUGCGAAUCUAGAAUCUGGAAAACAACCAUCACCGUUUGUGAUCUUUCAUCAAGGGGAAGAAGAAGAAGACCAGUUUCCUUGUCUUGUUGUUGUUCAUCACUUUCUUCAAUGCCUUACGAGAAGGAGCUCGCUGCUGCCAAGAAAGCAGCCACUCUCGCUGCUCGUCUCUGUCAGAAAGUACAAAAGGCUCUUCUGCAAUCCGAUGUCCACUCAAAAUCAGACAAAAGUCCUGUCACCGUCGCUGAUUAUGGUUCACAAACCUUGGUCAGCUUAAUACUCGAGAGAGAACUUCCUUCUGAACCAUUUUCAUUAGUAGCUGAGGAGGAUUCAGGCGAUCUGCGUGAGGAAAGUGGCCACGAUACUUUGAAGCGGAUUACAGAACUUGUCAAUGAUACUCUUGCUAAUGAAGGAUCAAAUAGCUUUUCUACUUUAACAACAGACAAUGUGCUUAGAGCCAUUGACAAUGGUAAGUCUGAAGGUGGCUCUGUUGGACGGCACUGGGUUUUGGAUCCAAUAGAUGGCACUAAAGGGUUUGUAAGAGGAGACCAAUACGCUAUUGCAUUAGCUUUGCUAAAUGAAGGAAAAGUUGUAUUGGGUGUCUUGGCUUGCCCGAAUCUUCCACUGGCAUCCAUUGCCUGUAAUCAGCAGCAUUCUACUUCUAAUGAAGUUGGUUGUCUUUUCUUUGCUAAAGUUGGCGAUGGAACAUUUAUGCAGGCAAUGGAUGGUUCUACACAGACUAGGGUGCAUGUCAGUGCUAUUGAUAAUCCAGAAGAGGCAUCAUUUUUUGAGUCUUUUGAAGCAGCGCACUCCUUACAUGACUUGUCUAGCUCCAUUGCAGAAAAACUUGGUGUUAAGGCACCGCCAGUCAGAAUUGACAGCCAAGCAAAAUAUGGAGCUCUGUCCAGAGGAGAUGGGGCUAUAUAUCUGCGUUUCCCCCACAAAGGAUACCGUGAAAAAAUAUGGGAUCAUGCUGCUGGUUGCAUUGUUGUGACUGAAGCUGGAGGUAUUGUCAGCGAUGCAGCCGGAAACCCUUUGGACUUCUCAAAAGGAAGGUUUCUUGAUGUUGUUUCAGGUAUCAUUGUUACAAACCAGAAAUUGAUGCCAUCACUUUUGAAAGCAGUUAAAGAAGCACUCAAUGAGAAAGCAUCUUCCUUGUGAUUUCCGUUAAGCUUAGCAUUCUACUACGCAGCUUUCAAACUUUGUUUUCAGCAGCUCCAGAUAUAUGAACCUUCCUCACAAUCAUGCUAGAUUACAUUGAAUAUUCGGAUUUUGAGGAUAUGAUUUCAUUGAACUCGUGUAGUAAUCUAAAACUGAGUUUGUUUCGUAUCAAAAGUCAACUUCAAAGCAUGCAAUUAUCAACUCUUGAAUACAUCUUGAAAGACUAUUGUUUUUACCAUGGAUAGUUCUCGUGAAAAAUAAAUCAAUUGUUAAUGAAUAGCAACUCGUACAUGGAACUUAGUUCACAUAGACUUGAAUCUGAUGCCUCUGCUUAAGCUAGAACAUCUUGCGUAACUUGAUAAUAAUUGUGCAAUACAUGUAAGGUUACUAUAUAUGCAAUGGUUACCCAUCUACUCUGUAAAAACGAGUAGCUUACGAGGGUGGGUUGGAAAACAACAAUAAAAGUCUUAUCCCACUAACUGGGUUUGUGUAUGGACAAAUUAUAAAAGUGCAAUGAUAGAAGGACAUGAAAAUGGAGGGAUUUAGAUCCUCUCAUGUUUUUUAUGUUAAAGUUUGUUUAUUCUUGUGUAAAAUUUGUGAAACCAUGUGAAUAUUUAUGAGGGAAUAGACUAAAAAACUCUAACAUGAAAAAACAUGAUAAAAUUUUAGCUGGUGUGUCAUGAAAUAAUAAGAUAGGUUAAAACGGAAAUGUUAUCUACACACCUUGAAUAGUGUUCCUCUCCAUUUCCACCUCUGCCCCAUCACACCCUGCCCGAUCAGCUUGCCAACGUGUAAUUCUUGGAAAAGAAUUUUUUUUGGCCUGGAAAAUGAGAAAGUGAGGGAAAAUUGGGGGGAAAACAAAAUUGGAAAAAAUUAGGGUUCUCUCUCCCCCCAAAAUCCCGCACCACCACCUCCAAUCCCAGAUUCCCUUCGCUUUCCCUUCUCCACUCCGUCGCCGAGCAACACGCGCACCUCUGCAGCGGUUCCGUUCUCCACUCCGUCGCCGCCACCUUACUGCCUCUAGCGCCGCCAACGGGCUCCUCUUCCAGCGACGAGGAGCACGCACCUCUGCAACCUCGCUGCCGUUAGUUCCUCUGGCUCCAACCUCCUCUUCUCUACUCUUCUGUGCAGAGCACCUAAUCCUCCUUUCCUUCCAGCAAACUGUCACAACACACCGCCACGCCACUCGCCAGUUCCAGCGCUGUUGCGAGCCCUUUGUGCAGAGGGUUACGCCUCAAGUGAGAGCUUUGACCUUAGUGUGUUGUUCUCAUGAAGCGUUCCAAGUCACCAGGCGGGCUUAAGGUACGCUUAAGGAAUAAGUGUGAAACCCGCUACAUAUUGAGAGCCAAUAACAAGUUGAGAGACACGGAAGCUGAUAAGCGUUUGACCCAAUUGAUAAGUCAACGAAUUGAGGCAACCCCGUUCAAAUGGUUGACAGCAUAAGUUAUGGUGUUUAUAUAGUUUCUUUUUUGGCAAGCUGACCAGUAGAAUGAAAGACUGAAGAAUGUACAGCAAUAUAAAGAACGUGUGAUCUUUAACUUCCACAUAAAUCGGUGUUUUUUUGUAUAUUUCACGUGUAAGGUAUAAUUAUAUAGAAAUUUUUUGACAAGGGAAAUGACAAUGUUUUGUAUUAACUACAACUGUAUAGGGUUAUAUUGCCAUGUAUAGCAGUUUGGCCCCUUCCUAUAUGACAAUGAAAUCAAAUGUUGAGGCUUAAUGCCCAUGAUAUAUAAUUAUAUAUAUAUAUAUAUAUAUGUUUUAUGCUGUUCA